UGAUGCAGAUAGCGAGACGAAAGCGGAAUAAUCGCGCGCGUGUGGCGCCUAUUGAAGCCAGCUCUUCAUCUAGUAAUCAUCACGGAACACAUCGAGUGCGAAUUAAAAUAGCGCGGAAUAUUUGUAAUAGCUUUAACACACACUGGGGAUCAUUCGCGCGGCGUACGAGACACAUUUCGAAGAUUGCGGCUCUAAACGUGUGUUUACCCGCGCCCAUGUGUGUUUACACCUUUACAUUGUAUCGUGCAAGUGUUGUCUGACGAGGUGACACGAAAAGCGUCGCCGGUAGAACCGCAGACACUUUGUGUCCGUGAAGCAACGCGUUCAGACGAAAUAUUUCGUAAUGAAUAAGUGGAGCUGUAUCGGUGUGUCGUUGGCGGCGAGGAUAAUCGGCACGUACACAAUGUCUCUAUCGAUCCUAAUGAUAAACGUGUUGAUGACCAACUUCUUCUCGAGAAAAGGAGAGGAGGAAUUUUUCGAUUCCUGCAAAACCUGGGCCAUGCUAGGACUGAAUUGGAUGCAGAUUUUGAGAAACACGCAGCUACAAAAGAAAGUGCUAGUUGCCAUGAUAUGUUUCCUCACAUACGCUCUGUCAUUUUUGCUAGCCAGCGCGUGUCUCGCCUUGGGAUCGAUUUCGAAAAGACAUAAGUGCGCCGUGCCUUGGAUGUAUUUGCAAAUGAUUAGCAUAAUAGAUCAGCUCGUGACGUUAUGUAUCCAUCUGAUACACAGCCAGGAACAGUACGAUGUUUUGGAGAAAUUUACGUGGUACAUUCCGAUAUCUAUCAUUUAUCUAAUUUUUAGUAUAUAUCUCUGGGUGAUUGUGCAAGCGGCUCAAAAACAAUGGUUCAGUGAACAGCAAGAAAACGUGGAUGGAAUGACAACGAUAUCGAGUCAUUUAUCGACAACCGUACAAAACAGUUGCUCGAAGACACCAUCAUUUCUUUCGCAAAAUUUCUUGUUUCAAUUACCGCGACCACUGGUAACUUCGCAAAAGUAGCAGGAGGUGCGUGAAGAACUACGAUUCGGAUGAACUCGUCAUGCAGAGUGUAUUAUUUAAUGAGAAUUUCGCGAUUGAGAACGUUUUGAAAACAAUGUGAUAAAGUGAUGGAGAAUUGACUCUCUGUGAACGUUGAUUCGGCGUCAUGACUCUCACAAGGGACUUGUGCUACAUAUAAUAUAUUUAUUUUCUACGUAUGAGACAAUCUCUUUUUUUAUAAUAUAAACUUUAUAAUAUAAUAUAAUUUAUAAUAUAAAGUAAAAAUCACCGAUUGAUAAGCAGACAGCAUCUCGCUGGUGUCAUUGAUUUAUUCGCGAGCUAUGCAGUAUUGCGGGGCAUUUAUAUAUUAAAGCCCCCUCCCUCCCCCCGCGGCAGGAUAUCCAUUGAUCUCCUUUGCCUAAUGGAAUAUACGCGAGCCACUAAACUUCGCGGCGAAUCUCGGUUUCGAGACGGGGGGAAGGAGAAGUGUAUAAUAAUGCCGAGAGUAACUCCAUAAAUCAGUCGGGAGAUGCGGCUAAUAGAGUGUAUCAAAUGCGCCCUCGGUGGAGCGUGCUUGCAUAGAAAAAUAUGAGAAAUGGUCACGUUUUACGUCGAAAUACUUUUAAACUUCCUGGAUUCGAAUCGCACGCAAGCAUAUUCGCUAUAUUGGAUCGUGCGUCUCUCCGGAUAGAGGUCGAUUUGUCCGAGAAUGGCCCCAACUUUUCGCGAUACUGCGAAAAUAGCGAUCGAAAAUAUAACGAAUAAUAGAUAAAGGCUCUUGGUACGAUUUAUUGCAGAUGUUUGGUCGUAUUUUAACUUUAUAGAUUUGCGUUUGCAAGAAGAUACGCUUCAACAACAGCGAGCACGCACCUAUACUUUGUUAUAUCUCGGCAAUUUUUUAUUAAUAAAAACGCAUUUUGUGAUGACAAA